CAUAUAUAUCUGCAACUUUGUAUUGGUCCAGAAUUAGAGGUCAGUUACUGAACUUUCAAGGAGGCGUGGCAUUCUUUAGCGAAUAAAGUACAGAAAUCCAAGUUUUCAUCCUUUUCUCUCUCACCAACCCCAGGAACCAGCUUGAGUUAGAACUAAAACAAGAAAGAGAAAGAAGGUUACAAAACAGGAGCAUCCCAGGAAAGGGUUCCCAGAAGCCAGAACCCAAAAUGGAUGGAAAGCAGAGAAUUCAAGAGGAAAAUGUUAAACUGAAAAAACCUCUAGAAGAAAGCCACAGACUGCAGUCUCACCCUGAGGAUGAACAGGACGAGCCGGUGUCCUCGGAAAAGCCACAGACGUGUCAGCUGUGUCAGGACAAGGGCCACCUAACGCAGAACGUGUGUAAGAACUGCAAAGGAACCUUCUGUGAUGCCUGCUCCACCAACGAACUGCCUCUUCCUUCGAGUAUCAAACCUGAGCGAGUUUGUAAUCCCUGUCACAAACAUCUGAUGGAACAGUAUUCCACCAGCCCAGCCUAAGCCUGGAGGCCACGAACCGGACCACAUGUGCACCUGUGGUUAGCUGUCAGGAUCCUCCAGAGCCCAGACCUUAGAACCGACUCAGGUUCACAAGCAGUGAGCUAAACACACCAGGUCCAGGGCCGGAAAGGCAGUGGUUGGGGGUGAUAGAAAGUUUGUCCAUUUUCCCUAAGAACUGUACGAAUAAAAAUUACUCCUUUGAGCCUCUCAGAUCUUCUAAAUGUGAACAGCCCCACUCAGAAGGUUUCAUUGCAUGUGUUUGAAACGGCUGUACAGUCUCCUGAAGAGGGGUGCUGAUCCUGGGCAGAGGUGAUGGGAGACAGGGCCCAAGCAGGUGAGGAGAGGGAUCAUCUUUCCAUUCGAGGGUUCGUGGGUGUGGAGGGCGGGGAAGAUGUGUUCAUUGAGAUCGACACACAUGUUACAUGUUUUCCCAGGUGCUGCUACAUCUAAACAUUAUUUCCUUAGCAUCCCCGCUAACUACCUCUUGAAAGUAGCACCACAAAACUGUGAACCCCGCAUACUCAGGGAAAAGAGAGAGUAAUAUAAAUUCUGAAUGUACUUUAAAUAUUACUGUAAUACACUAUAAUUUCAGGAGCAGAAUUUUUGGGUCUUGGCUUUACGUUGUUUUUAAUUAUCAGAAGCAGGAAUAUUUGAUUUCUCCACUAAUGACUUCAAAAAUGAUGGUCUGGUCUUUUCAGAAUGCUUCUACAUCUCAACCCUUCCCAGCCACCGCCAGCCCUCAUUCCCAAGUCAGGAUGGAGAGUUUAAUACUGGAAGCAAAGUUAAGUUAGAUGUAGAGUAAAACUAAUUUGUUCAUAGCUGAGAACAAUUAGAGUAUAAGAGAUCUCAUAUUCUGAGCCAAGAAUUAAAACCAGUAGACACGUUUCUUCAAAAGUACAAGACUCUUAAAUAGCCUUUUGGGAGAAAAGAGGUACAUUCAACAAGGCAAGCAAAGAAAUGGUUACAUAUGAUUUUGAUGAUGUUACAUAUGUCUAGAUUGUUUGAUUCUAAUUAAGAUCUACAAAAGUGGUUCUGCAACUGGUUUAGAAUUCUCAGGUUGCUACAUCCAGACCAGUUUAUGGUAUUUGAUACACAUCUCCUGGAAAGGGUUACAACUUGGGAAAGAAAUGUUAUUCCAGAUAUAUGGCAUGUUACUUGAUGAGAGGGAAAAAUAAAAUAUUAUAAUCCUA